AUGGUUGACUACAGCAAAUGGGAUGCCCUAGAACUGAGCGACGAUUCCGACAUCGAGGUACAUCCCAACGUCGACAAGCGAUCCUUUAUCAGAGCAAAGCAGAAUCAAAUCCAUAAUGAGCGACGGCAACGUAAAAUCAACAUCGAUGGUCUCAAUUAUGAACUUGUUGUGAAUAGUAGGCUCUUGCAGAGAGUAUCCGAUCUGCUUCAAUCUUUGGAAGCGGCUGGACCGGAAUCUCACAACAGAAGCCCAACUGAGGUUGCAUUCGAAAUGAACAUGGCGCUGGCCAUGCGUAACCCAGAGGACGACAAUCCGCCACCGCCUCCAGAGGGUGUGCUUGAGCCCGAGCAAUCCUUAACUAUGAUUGCGGACCUGAUCGCUCAAUCAGACAACAGACUGAAAGAAUUACUGAAGUCAGAUGGAACCAAGAUCACCAGUGAGAGCUAUCGCAUAGGCUUCGAUAGCUCUCAUGUGAACAAGAAGUCUGUAGGAAGAUCGACAUCAACACAACCAGAGCUACUAAACCCAAAUUAUGACACAGGCAAGGUGGAUGUUGGGAGUUCAGCUGAUAACUCGACUGAUUCUACCGGAGAGUUGGUUCAGGCUGUAGCAUCGCCGGACGCGAAGAAGUUUGCAGAAAUUCAACCCUCAAACUACCCAGCCAGUCGCGACUUCAUCUCUUCUCACCCCGACAUACUCCAAGAGUCCAAUAUAGACGGUCUCCUAGUUGAAGCCUUCAACAUAGCACUAGAGCAAGAAGAUGACGCCCGAGCGAGGCAGUAUGUGCAUCAAGCGAUGCUCCUGCAGUGGUGCCGUACGUUAGGCCCUGACGGUGUCACCGUCUUCUUCAAAGGGAUGACUUCACCGGGACAUGGUGCUCAAGAGGCUUUCACCAAGGAUGUUGACGAGCGAUUUCAGCGUAUACAGCAGCUUGCCAAGGAAAACGCGGAGCAACGUGCCACAAAGGAUGAAGACGUGGAGCAUAUCCAAAUUCACGCUAUCGAUAAAGACACGACCAUUGAAAUCAGAGUUCCCCGCCUGGACUCUGAGGACGAUGACGAAAAGAAGGCCCGCACAAUUUUCAAGCAAUUUUCUCCCGACAUGAGAGCUGCACUUGAAACUGGCUCGUUGGACGAGGUUAACAAAGUUCUGGGGAAGAUGGGAGUUAAGGAUGCCGAAGAUAUGGUUGCUCUUCUUAUCUACUGGGAAACAACUAGUUCCAUACUUAGCACUAUUGGGCUUCAUAAUGUUCUUAUUGGCCUUAUAAUUGCUGGCAUCACGGGCGGGUUUUCGCUUCUCCUUCUGGUGCCGAUUGUUAGCUCCGCUGCGGGUGCUCUGGCUGGUUUAGCAUACUAUGCUUAUACUGCUAACCCGCCGUUCAUUAAUAAGGUCGUCUCUAUCGCGUUCUGCUAUCUCGCUUGGCUAAUUCAAGAGGGUACACUACCCUUCUAUGGCUACUUUAUACUGGCCCCUAUCUUGCAAACUAGGGAACGCGUGAUCUUCCUAAUGCUCUUCUGGGCGGUAAUGUUCGUCUUUAUGGCUGCCCGUAUCGUUGUCGCCGUGAUCGGGUUACUUAAUGUCCUCGGGAAAAUGCCUGAUGCCCUACGCCAACCCAUCGACAUCAGGCUGUCUAUUACUGGCUUCGUGGCUAUCGCGUUAGCUGAGUGCGUAACGGCUGUGUUCCUACUAAAGACGCUUCGCUUAGCGCUCCGGUCGUCAAUAACAAGCCCUAUGAGCAGCGGCAAGCUGUACCGGCUCCUCAUGCGCAGUGGCGAGAUACGCGUCGCUACGCUAACGUUUAUUGGCAUUGGGCGCGCUGUGACGUAUACCUUGCGCAAAAAGCAAGGCAUUGAGUACCUUGAGUACAGGAGUGUGGCUGGCCAGCUUGAUACGUUCAUGUACACGCUAGAGGCUCUAUUCCCAGUGGUUAUGUUCGUUGAUAUUAUCGCCUCACGCCUCGUGUUUGAGGACGAGAGGAGGGCAAGAAGCAGCAACCUCGCUAAUGUCGCCGAAUCCAGGAAGGUGCCUAAUGUGGGAACGCAAGAGAUCGUUUCAAAUAGUCAGGUAUAA